AUUUUUCCUCACUAAUCAAAGAAAAGCUCUCUCUUCUGUACAAUUAUAUUAUAAACCCUUGAUGAAACAAAAUCCCCAAUUUCUACAAUUAGACCUUUCUACUCUUCUUCGAUCAGAUCCAGUUUGAUUCCUUCGCUCUCUCUCUUUCUCCCUCUCCGUUGAUGUCUUUUCGUCUGAUUCUUUCUCUACUAUUCUUCUCCUUUAUCCUUCGAAACCUCGAAGCUCGAUCCAUCGGCGACGCCGUCGUCGCCGAUGGAGUCCACGAUUUCGCCGUCGAUCUCAAUAGCUCCGUUUUUGCGACUGUUCUAAAAGAAUCCAAGGCCAAUUUUGCGAUCGUCGAGUUCUUUGCGCACUGGUGUCCUGCAUGCAGAAAUUAUAAGCCACAUUAUGAGAAGGUUGCAAGACUUUUCAAUGGGCCAAAUGCAGUGUAUCCGGGGAUUAUACUCAUGGCACGUGUUGACUGUGCAGCUAAGGUGAAUACGGAUCUUUGCAAUAAAUUUUCAGUUACUUAUUAUCCCAUGCUACUGUGGGGUCCUCCAAUUAAAUUCAUUGCUGGCCAAUGGGAUCCUAAGGAAAAGAAUAAUGAAAUACUGCCAAUUGAUGAUGGAAGGACAGCUGAGCGGUUGCUUAACUGGAUAAAUAAGCGAAUUGGCAGCCCAUUCAGCUUGGAUGAUGAAAAGUACGAAAAUGAUAAUGCACUUCUGCGGAAUGCAUCUGAUCCUGCGCAGAUUUCUCGAGCUAUUUAUGAUGUUGAGGAAACAACUGCAAAUGCAUUUGAUAUAAUUGUUGAAAACAAGAUGAUUAGGUCGGAAACGCGGGCAUCACUUAUUAAAUUCUUCCAACUAUCGGCUGCUCAUCAUCCUUCAAAAAGGUGUCGAAGAGGAACUGCUGAACUGCUUGUGAACUUUGAUGACCUCUGGCCUAAAGAUCUUUCUUCUAUCAGCUUGGAUGCGGCCAAAAAAUCUCAUGAAAAUAACACAACUAAACAUUUUUGGAUUUGUGGAAAGCAAAUUCCACGUGGAUACUGGACAUUUUGUCGUGGAAGCAAACCCGAAACUAGGGGCUUUAGCUGUGGCCUCUGGGUUCUUCUACACUCCCUAUCAGUACGAGCUGAAGACGGAGAGAGCCAUGUAGCUUUCACAUCUAUUUGUGAGUUCAUCCAAAACUUUUUCGUUUGUGACGAAUGCCGAAGGCAUUUUGGUGAGAUGUGUUCAAGUGUCUCCGUCCCAUUCAACACAACUCGCAGCCUAGCUCUUUGGCUAUGGACAACUCACAACAAAGUAAAUGUAAGGCUAAUGAAAGAAGAGAAAGAUUUAGGGACCGGCGACCCAAAAUUCCCAAAAAUGAUAUGGCCACCGAAGCAGCUUUGCCCUUCUUGCUAUCGCUCUCAAAGCAAAGUUGAUUGGAAUGACGAUGAAGUGUUCAAAUUUUUGGUCAAAUAUUAUGGCGAAACCCUAGUUUCAUCUUACAAGAAGGACGGCUUAGUCAAAAUCGAAAAUGAGGAAUCAAUUUCAGAUGAUGCAACAUCUUCAACGGCACAUGCCGUUGUAGUGCCUCUUGGAGCUGCACUGGCUAUUGCUUUAGCUAGCUGUGCAUUUGGAGCAUUGGCUUGCUUCUGGAGGACCCAACAGAAGAAUAGGAAGCAAAGGAAGAACUGGAGCAAAGUUAAAACUGAGAUGCGUUCAGGAGCAGAGGAUGAUUGGGAUGCCUAGAAAUUAGGCUUUCGGAGGUCCUCGUGUUUUUUAAUGCAUAUUAUUAUACACAUUCUUUUCCCCCUACUUUUUGGGGAUGUGCCCUUGAUGAUGACUUGCUGUGAAAUACGUAUACUAAUUUGUAAUUUGCAAUUUUGAAAGUUAAUUGUGGAGAAUUUUUAAUUAAAGAGAGGAGGAGGACGUAUCAAAAGUCAUUUGAAACUAAA